AUGGAGGUCCUUCCUCUAUCACAAGUUGGAACAGAGACCUCUCCAACGCCUGGUCCGGGAAUCGAAUUCCCGCCCAGCCCGGCGCCCACUGCCAAACCGUCAAGAGCCCCUAGCGUAAGAAGCAGCCAUGGCUCCGAGCAUUCUGGGUCAUCAGACGACGGCGCCGAUCAGCAGCCGUCUCGGCCGUAUCCCCUGCCUCCCGUACCCCAACCAAUUCAAGUCCUCCCGGAGGACCUCAAGACUCCGGACAACCAUGUUCCCCGAGAUUCGCGGCUGAUUCGGCUGACCGGUGUCCAUCCGUUCAAUGUCGAGGCGCCCCUAAGCGACUUGUACGACGAGGGUUUCCUGACGACGGAAAACCUGCAUUAUGUGCGCAACCACGGGCCCGUCCCUCGGGUGGAGGACGCUGACGUCUUGGACUGGACGUUCACGGUGGAGGGCAUGGUCGAAAUGCCCGUGACUUUGACGCUACGAGACUUGCUCCGGGACUACGAACAGCAGACGUACCCCAUCACGCUGGUCUGCGCGGGAAACCGCAGGAAAGAACAGAACGUGGUCCGUAAGACCAAGGGGUUCUCAUGGGGUGCCGCCGGGCUGUCGACUGCGCUGUGGACGGGAGUACCUCUAGGGGACCUCAUCGCCCGGGCCAUGCCGAAGCGCGGGGCGAGGUAUGUCUGUUUCGAGGGUGCCGAUAAGCUGCCCAACGGAUACUACGGUACUUCCAUCAAGCUGAACUGGGCCAUCGACCCCAACCGCGGCGUGCUCGUCGCGCACAAGAUGAACGGCGAUGCCUUGCAUCCAGACCAUGGCAAGCCCCUGCGGAUCGUCAUCCCCGGGCAGAUUGGAGGGCGGAGUGUGAAGUGGCUGAAGAGAAUCAUCGUCACCUCGGAGCCGAGUGACAACUGGUAUCACAUCUAUGAUAACCGAGUCUUGCCGACAAUGAUCACACCUGAAGCGAGCGCUGACCUCCCCGAGACCUGGGCUGACGAGCGGUAUGCGAUCUACGACCUCAACACGAAUUCAGCACCUUGCUACCCUGCCCAUGACGAGAGGUUAUCUCUGGUAAAUGCCACUGUCGAGACCACAUCCAAGGUUCGCGGUUACGCGUAUGCUGGUGGAGGCAAAAGGGUCACUCGCGUUGAGAUCACGCUUGACAAGGGCAAGAACUGGACACUAGCGGAUAUCAGAUAUCCCGAGGACGACUAUCGGCUCGCCCCAGAAGGAGAGACGCUCUACGGCGGCAAGGUCGAUUUAUCGUGGAGAGAAGCGUGCUUCUGCUGGUGCUUCUGGGAACUCGAUGUCCCCGUAUCCGACCUGCGAGACGCUGGGGACAUCAUGGUCCGCGCCAUGGACGACUCGAUGAUGGUCCAGCCUAGGGACAUGUACUGGAGCGUUUUGGGCAUGAUGAACAACCCCUGGUACAGGAUAGUCAUCCACAACGAAGGGCACAAUCUGCGGUUCGAGCACCCUACCCAGCCGGCGCUUAUACCGGGAGGAUGGAUGGAGCGGGUGAAGAAGGCGGGAGGAAAUCUCUCCAACGGCUUCUGGGGCGAGAAGAUGUCUGGGGAGGAAGAGACCGAGACAGCCGAGGAGCCAGCACGGGAGAUAUGCAUGACCAAGCCCGAGGUCAAGAAAAGCAUUGCUCUGGAGGAGCUGAAGAAGCACGACGGCGAGGACGAGCCAUGGUUCGUGGUCAACGGACAUGUCUAUGACGGCACCAAGUUCCUCGAGGGCCACCCAGGCGGUGCAGCGUCCAUAGUGGGUGCGGCAGGGCAGGACGUGACGGAAGAGUUCAUGGCUAUCCACUCCGAAAAUGCAAAAGCCAUGAUGCCAGACUACCACAUCGGCACACUCGACAAGGAGUCCCUCACGGCCCUCGCCGAGCCAGAGAGCGAGUCAAGCUCCGCGACCCGCCCCGUAUUCCUCCAGCCCAGGGUCUGGUCGAAAGCCAUCCUCACCGCAAAGCGCGCCGUCUCCUCCAACUCGAAGAUCUUCACCUUCAGGCUCGACCACGCCGCCCAGGCCGUCGGCCUGCCCGUCGGCCAGCACCUCAUGCUGCGGCUGCGCGACCCCGUGACGCGGGAGGCCAUCAUCCGCGCCUACACGCCCCUCUCCGACGGCACGACCGCCAGGGGCGCGCUGGACGUCCUCGUCAAGAUAUACCCCAAGACGGCCGACGCGCCGGGCGGCAAGAUGACGCAGGCGCUCGACAGCAUCCCCGUCGGCCACUUUGCCGACUUCAAAGGCCCGGUGGGCAAGUUCGAAUACGUUGGCGGGGGGAGGUGCACCGUCGGCGGCAAGGAGCGGCUGGUGAGGAGGUUCGUCAUGGUCUGUGGCGGGUCGGGCAUCACGCCCAUAUUCCAGGUCCUGCGGGCGGUGAUGAACGACAAGGACGAUUCGACUUCGUGUCUUGUAUUGGAUGGAAACCGAGUUGAAGAGGACAUCUUGUGCAAGGAGGAGCUUGACGAGAUGGCCGCGGCCAACGCCGAGAGGUGCCGGCUCCUCUACUCGCUGUCCAAACCGGGAGAUCAGUGGACUGGUCUCAAGGGCAGAAUGGACAAGGCAUUGUUCGAGAGAGAGGUCGGGAGUCCACGAGAUGGUGCAGCCGAUCUAGUACUGAUUUGUGGACCGCCGGCCAUGGAGAAGAGCGUGCAUGAGAUAUUCCACGAUAUGGGCUGGAGAGACGAGGAUCUCCUGUUCUUCUGA